AUGCACCAGCUCACUCCUAUUCCGCAUCAAGUGCCAAGCAUCAUCAUCGGUAGGAAUCAGAAUCCGUGGCUAGAAGUUGAUCUCAACUUGAUUUCCCAAGCAUCAAAACCCGGCGUACUCCAGCAAAUCGAUCUCGUCCGCCGCCGAAGCGGAGGCGGAACAGUCUUCCACGAUGAAGGCAACGUCAACUGGACUGUAAUCUACCCUUCUGCGGACUUCACUCGGGACAAGCAUGCCGAGAUGAUCGUGCGUGCUUUGCGAGGAUGCGGCGUUGAGCGGGCGAGAGUCAAUGAACGCCACGAUAUUGUGCUGGAUCAAGGCGACCGUAAGGCCGACUCAGAUCCAAAGGACACGCAUACGAGUCCAUACACGGCAUCCAGUGACUCUGCAGCACGGCCGUUGAAGGUCUCUGGCUCAGCGUACAAGCUGACGAGAGGACGAGCGCUGCAUCACGGGACCUGCUUACUCUCGAGCCCGAACCUGAAGUUCAUCUCGCAGUGUCUACACUCGCCCGCCAGACCUUACAUCAAAGCUCGCGGUGUCGAAAGCGUGUCCUCGCCUGUUACGAACAUCGCUCUGAGCAACGAGCACUUCAUCUCAGCAGUGCAGGACCAGUUCAGCAAGAUGUAUGACCAUGACCGUGGUGUUGAAGCAAUGCCAUUCAAUGAUGAACUGCUGGAGGUCACAGAGAUCAAGAGAGGCUACGAAGAGCUUCAGUCACUCGAAUGGACGUACCUCCAAACGCCACAGUUUACUCUCGCGAACUCGAAUGAGGUCUCACGACCUGUCAACAUCGAUUUGACCGUUCGGCAUGGUGUUGUCACCGACGCUUCCAUCGCUCCAACUGCUAGCGACCCGUCGCUUCAGGAGAGGACGUCGCUCAAUGAGAACCUUGUCGGCCUCACGCUGCACAAAGUUACGAAUUGGCAGGACGAGCUCUCCGACUCACUGAAAGCCCUACCUUCUGAGGAGGGCAGGCGUUUCGUCGUGGACUGGCUGAGCAAGAUGCUGCCCAGUAUUCCUCGAAGUGGCAAGUGA